AUGACAGAUAACGUAUCAGAAGCAUUGGCAGUUCUGCAGCAGCUCCAACAGGAGCAAGGCGAUUUGAAGCAGCACCUCAGUAUCAUCCGGAUCGCAGAACCCAUCUCGGACGUCGGCGACGCGACCUUCUCGCCUUCAAAGCGAGGAUCAGACGUCUCAUUGUCAAACCUGAAUGAUCCAACCCCUGCCUCGCUCGAGGCUGACUUGACACACUACAAGGAGCUUUUCUCCAAAUUGCGAUUCUCCUAUCUCGAGCAAGUCACCAAAGAAAAGUUUCUCCGAGCGAUCGUAGGCGAUCCACCCCUCGUAGUGGGUCACAAUGAAAAUGUGGAGUUAGAGACACAACUGGCGGAGGUGAAGGCAGAGCUCAAGGCACGGAAAGAAGAAGCCCGCAUGAUGAUCGAAGAGAUGGAGAAAAUGAGCCGUGACCUGGCCAGCCGCUACAAGAACGUCAAAGUCCAAGAAGCGCAGCUCGCAAGUCUGCCGGAGUCAAUUGAGAACCUAGAGGGCACUAUUGCGGGCCUUCGCGCAAAGCAAGUCGCCAAUAUGGAUACGUCGGAUCCUCGAUCGUCUCAAAAUCUGCCUCUCCCUGCCACUAUGGAAUUACUCUCGGACCGCGAAGCAGAAUUAGCUGCGCUUAAUCGCCAGAUUGCUGCGGUCCAGAACUCCUUGCCUCGUAAGACUCGGGAAGCUGAGGCGAUUGAGAGGGAGUGUACGAUGCUCGAGCGGCGGAAGAUCGAAGCCGUUGCACAGGCACGCGAAGCGAGACGGAAGAAGCAGGAGGGUGAGACUGACGGCACUGAAGAAAUGGGUCGGUGGUACCGCAGUGCAGAGGAGACAUUGAAGGAGAUGGUUGGUGUGGAGGGAUGA